AUGCAGGCGGCGUGUUCUGUGGAUUGUCUUCCUGGCUACAUCAAAAGAAUAACAGAUAUCUGUUGUUGGGACUGUACACCCUGUCCUACAGGAUCCAUCACUAAUUCAUCAGACCCAUACAGUUGUACAGGCUGUUCACACGGAUAUACACCGAAUUCAGAUAGAAAUGAAUGCAUGCAAAUUCCAAUUUCUUAUUUUUCGUACGGACAUCCUUUUUCUGUUGCUAUUCUGGUAUUGUGUGUUUUUGGUUCUGUUCUAUGUAUCGUUGUAUCAGUUGUCUUUGUGCAAAAGAAAAAUACGCCUCUCCUCAAAGCCACUGGUUUUGAAACAAGCAUGGUAUUGCUCUCUAGUAUUCUUAUGUCAUAUAUAUCACCAUUUGUUUUACUGAGCUUUCCAUCAUCUCUUUCAUGUGCGCUUUCCCGAAUAAUUAUUGGCAUGGGUUAUAUAAUGGCGUAUUCAUCCGUUUUUGCGAAGCUUAUUGUUUAUAAGAGAGCGUUUGAUGUAAAAUCUGGAAUGAAACAAAAGGCAGCGAAAGGACAACACUUACCAAGACCUUACAUGUGUACGAUGAUGACCGCUUUGCUCCUUUCUCUUGCAUUAUCAGCUGUUCAGCUACUUGUUAUUAUUUUCUGGUUAAUUAUUGAUACUCCAGAACAUGAGAUAACGUAUACUCUUACAUCAAGUCCUCCAUCCGGACACCGUACUUGUAAAGACUCUAACAACUUCAAUUACUUCCUUCUUCUUUUCUGGCCCUUUCUGUUAAUGAUUGCAUGCCUUAUCCUUGCCAUUAAAACAAGAAAACUCCCUGACGGUAUGAACGACUCACGUGAAAUCAUUUACUGCUCAUUCACUUCUUUUAUCAUCUGGUUGGCGUUUGUACCUCUGUAUGCUUUCUCAACAACUAUUGCUGCACGAGUUAUAUCUCUUUGUGUUUCAUUGUUCAUUCAUGCAACCGUUUUUCUCAGUUGUCUUUUUCUGAAGAAGAUUUACAUUGUGGUCUUUAGACCAGAGAAAAACAACAAAGAACACGUAAUGAGAAGCACAGCUGCCAGUCCUAGUAAAACUCAGAAUACAAAUAGUGGCACUCAUCAUGGCAGUCAUUUACAGGAGACAAGGAAAGAGGAAAAUACAAACAAAUUCUACAAAUCAUCUGUAGGGAAUUUACCAACGAAUGAACACUUGGAACAUGAUGUUAUCCUCGAAGAGGAUAAAGUGUGUGUAUCCAACUUAAACAAUAAAGGAUUUCAAUCAGGAGACGGAAUUAUGCCUCAGAUUAUACAAGUUAAUAAGAAUUCUCUCUACAACUCUGAGGCAUAGAUUAAAUUCUGCGAGGACUGUUUGAACAUUACGCGGACUCUUCCAUUAUUUUUUUUCUUACAAUAUUAGCAAGGAAAUUUCACAAAAACAUGCUUCUCAAAUAUUUCGAUUAGAGUUUUAUUAAUUUUGUUUUCUUUCAAUUAUUUUUUCUUCAAAACAUUAUCUUUGCAUCAUAGCUGAAGUUCAUGUAUACGCCGCAGAAAAAAAAAUAAAAACAAAAACUGAAACAAUCAAUCAUUUCAUAUAUUUCCUAAAAUAUGCUAGAUUUUCUUUUGAAGUUUUUUUUUAUAUUUCUUUUUUAAUAUCACAAGCCAAAUUAUUUUGAUUUUUCUCCGAAAUCCUCCCCCCACAAAUAACUUCUUGUAAUUUGACGGCACGGCAAAUUUUUAUCAAAUUAUGUAUAAUGCUUGCAAUUGGAAAAUCGCAAAACAGACCUAAAAUAAGCUUUAUAAAACAUACAGUAAACCAGCAAUAUUCCCGUCUUCUCACUAAGUAAAAUAGCAGAAGAUAAUAGCGGACGGACGAGCCUCUGAAAAUGAAAUGACAAUGGGGGGUGGGGGUGGGGGUGGGGUGGUGGUGUAAGAAGAUUGUCGAAUUGAGCUGAUAAGUAAUUGAUUUAGAGCUAACAACGUCACACGAUAUUUCAGAAAUAACUGCUCUUUUGUAAGUUAUUGAAAAAACUUAGAAAUACUAUAUGUCUAACAUAUUUCAAGGAGAUGGAAAA